GAGGAGAGGAGGGGAGGCAUGGCGGAAAAUAAGAAAUAAGAAUAAAACCUCGUCGGCCUCCAUUUCUUAUUUUUUUUUCCCCCCUCUCCCCGGGCAACCUGAACGAGAAGGCGGCGACCGGCUCCGAAGCCCCCGGUUACAGAAACCGCGAAGGAGGAACCGGAGAGAGACGCCGCCGUAUUGAGGUCAGAGCGAAGCGUUGCCAGGGUGACACCGCGGCGGCGAGAGCGCGCCUGCCUGCGAGGCUGCGCUCGUUCGCGGCGCCGGAGCGGUCGCGGCAUCCUCAGCGGCAGCAGCAGCAUCCUCCUUCUCCUCCACCUCCUCCUCCACCUCCUGCAACCACCGGAGUACCGCAAACCGAGCGUCCGCCGCGACGAGCUCCGGUGCUACCCGCUGAUGGGAAAUCUACCGUGGAUUUACCGCUGAUGACCCAACACGGGGGGGAGUUAUAACCGCAGAGGGAGAGCCGAAGACCACCGCGCGGCUCAGGUGAUGCUUCCCGCACAGGGGCAGCGAUAACCAGAACAUGUUAUUAUAAUGGAGUUUUUUAUCCGCUGAGCCAGGCAUCCUGCCUCCUGACCAACGCAGAUAUAUUCACGGAUCCAUUGGGGACCGAGCCGAGCCGAGCCGAGCCGGGCUUGUCUGCUCUGCUCGGAUCCGGUCUCUCUAUAAAUAAAGCUGUACAGACCCUAUUAUUUAUUUAGUUUUUUUUUUUUUGUUUUUUUUUACCAUGGGGUCCCACCUGCAGCUGGUUUGAGGAAGAAAGUCCAUUUUUAGUUUACUGCCCUCUUUUUUUUUAUCUUUAAUUUUUUUUUAUUUUUAUUUUUUUGGGCAAGCACUUUUUGGCAGAUUGACUUAUUUUUAGUGGAAGACGAGGAGAGGGGAGGAAGAGGAGCAACCUGUACCUGCAGCAGUGGAUCGCAGAUGAACAGGUUCCCAUAGUGACUGCAAAACCUGGGAAAACGAAUCUGAAGGUCAAAUCCAUUCAAGAAUACCUGGACGAGCCUGAACACAAAGUAAAGGAUCGUUCGUCAAUCCAAUUAUCCAGACAACGGGGGGGAAGGAUAGGCAUGGAACGCAACAGAACCAUGCCUGAAGAAGUGUUUUGGAUCGCCUCCGAUCAGAAUCACCACUGACCUGGAUCAUAUUCUAAGAGGACCAGCACCUUUUCUCCGGCACCCCCGGCAUCUGUUUACCCACCUCACCUUCUGCCUGGAGAGCUGAUUGAAGAGUCUGAUUUCAGUCUUUUACCUUGUUAUGGUUUACCCUUCUCACUACUGGUCCGAGCUGACAGAACAGACUAGAAGCAGGUGGCUGAGCACCGUAACUCCGGCCAUGUACGCCCUUCCACUAACUCUGAGCAAGCAGAGUCGGCGGCGUUUGUUGACCAGGACAAGGCCCUUCAGGUUCAUGGCAGACUGCUGCCUAAUGACUGUGCUGGGCCUCGUCCUGUUUCUCAGUCUGGCCUCGUGCCAGAGGAUGGAUCCUGCCAAGCACCCCAUAGUCAGCACCCACUAUGGCAAGCUCCGAGGCAUCAAGAAGGACCUGAACAACGAGAUUCUAGGCCCCGUCGAGCAGUACCUCGGGGUGCCCUACGCCACGGCACCCAUCGGAGACCGACGGUUUCAGCCGCCGGAAGCGCCGGGAUCCUGGCAGGAGAUCCGCAACGCCACCCAGUUCGCCCCCGUCUGUCCCCAGAACGUCCACGGGGUGCUGCCGGAGAUAAUGCUCCCCGUUUGGUUCACGGAUAACCUGGACGUGGCAGCGGGAUACAUCCAGAACCAGAGCGAGGACUGCCUCUACCUCAACAUCUACGUGCCCACGGAGGACGGUCCGCUCACAAAAAAAACUGAUGAAUCUUCAAUGAACAAGCCUCGAGACGAAGAUAUCCGUGAUCGCAGAAAGAAGCCCGUCAUGCUGUUCAUUCACGGAGGCUCGUACAUGGAAGGCACCGGAAACAUGUUUGACGCCAGCGUCCUCGCCGCCUACGGCAACGUGAUCGUGGUGACCAUGAACUACCGGCUGGGUGUGCUCGGCUUCCUGAGUACCGGCGACCAGUCGGCUAAGGGGAACUACGGGCUGCUGGACCAGAUUCAGGCUCUGCGUUGGCUCAACGAGAACAUCGGUCACUUCGGCGGGGACCCGGAGCGGAUCACCAUCUUCGGCUCUGGAGCAGGGGCCUCCUGCGUGAACCUCCUCAUCCUGUCUCACCACUCUGAGGGUCUGUUCCACCGGGCCAUCGCUCAGAGCGGCACGGCCAUCUCCAGCUGGUCCGUCAACUACCAGCCCCUGAAGUACACCAAGAUCCUGGCCCGGAAGGUGGGCUGCACCUACUCCGAGACCGCCGACCUGGUCGACUGCCUGAGACGAAAGACCUUCAGGGAGCUGGUGGACCAGGACAUCCAGCCGGCCCGCUACCACAUCGCCUUCGGCCCCGUGGUGGACGGAGACGUGGUGCCGGACGAUCCGGAGAUCCUCAUGCAGCAGGGGGAGUUCCUCAACUAUGACAUCCUCAUCGGAGUGAACCAGGGUGAGGGGCUGAAGUUUGUGGACGACAGCGAGGACAAUGAUGGCAUCUCUGCUGCGGCCUUUGACUACACCAUCUCUAACUUUGUGGACAAUCUCUAUGGAUAUCCAGAAGGCAAAGACAUCCUGAGAGAAACCAUUAAGUUCAUGUACACCGACUGGGCAGACAGGGACAAUGGCGACAUGAGAAGAAAAACUCUGCUGGCUCUGUUCACAGACCACCAGUGGGUGGCGCCAGCCGUGGCCACUGCCAAACUCCACGCCGAGUUCCAGUCCCCCGUCUACUUCUACACGUUUUACCACCACUGCCAGACAGAAACGAGACCAGAGUGGGCCGACGCCGCCCACGGGGACGAGAUACCGUACGUGUUUGGCGUGCCGAUGAUCGGGGCCACCGACCUGUUCCCGUGCAACUUCUCAAAGAACGACGUGAUGCUCAGCGCUGUGGUCAUGACUUACUGGACGAACUUUGCCAAAACCGGGGACCCCAACCUCCCUGUCCCUCAGGACACCAAGUUUAUUCACACCAAACCCAACCGCUUUGAAGAGGUCAUCUGGACAAAAUUCACCCCCAAGGACAAGCAGUAUCUUCACAUUGGCUUAAAGCCUAGAGUUAGGGACAACUACAGAGCCAACAAGGUGGCUUUCUGGCUGGAGCUCGUCCCCCAUCUUCAUAGCCUACAUGAAAUCUUCCCAACCACGACCCGAUCGCCAACCGGCCCAGGUCCAGGCCUCGACACCGUCCGACCCAGGCCCAAAACUCCUGGUCCUCGAACCACUCCCCAGCCCUACCCAGCUUUCCCCUUAGAUCCUGAGCCUGAGGGCUCAGAGCGUCCACACCAGGACCUUUUCCCCGGGGACACCCGCGACUACUCCACCGAGCUGAGCGUCACGGUCGCGGUGGGGGCCUCCCUCCUCUUCCUCAACAUCCUGGCCUUCGCCGCUCUCUACUACAAACGCGACAAGCGGCACGAGAUGCGCCGGCACCGGCUGUCUCCUCAGCGGGGCGUCCCUGCCAACGACCUCGCCCACAGCCAGGAGGAGGAGAUCAUGUCGCUGCAGAUGAAGCACUCGGAGCACGACGCCCACCACGACCUGGAGCCCCUGCGGCCCCACGACAUCCUGCGACCCAGCUGCCCGCCCGACUACACGCUAGCGCUGCGUCGGGCCCCGGACGACGUGCCGCUGAUGACGCCCAACACCAUCACCAUGAUCCCGAGCACCAUCACCAGCAUGCAGCCUCUCCAUGCCUUCAACACCUUCCCCUCCACCGGUCAUAACAACACCCUGCCCCACCCCCACUCCACCACCAGGGUAUAGUAGGGACUGGCCCACACAGCACCACCUAAGGACAGGGAGUACUGAGCCUCCUACUAAUCUAGAAGGGAGGCCUCUGGACGUUGGGCCUCCGUUCUGUUCUUACAUUUUCUCGUUUCUCUUUAAGGAUGUCCACCUCCUCCAUUGUGUGCUGUACAGCCUAGCAGGGGACCUAAUGAACCAACACGAACUGCGCUGGAGCAGAUAAUCGGCAUGGAGGCAGCGUCGAUCUUUCAGACAUACUUCCCUUUCCCAGAACGGUGCACACUUUCGACUCUAAAGGAAAUUUUCAAAGGGACAAAUGCUGUCGGACCUUUCGAUGUUUUCUUAUUUUUACUUUGGUGUCGGCUUCUACUGUCUUCUAAGGGUGUUUGUGUGAGUUUUCUUAUGUUUCUUUUCUACAUCCGUGUCUUAUUUACACCUCAUUCUCCCGUCUUUAGGGCGCUCCUUUGCUUUGAGGAGCGAUGAUGACCUGACAUAUCUGAGGAAACGAAGUUUCAGUCUACCAAUGCGGUUCGUGCCAAGUGUGUUUUUUUUUGCUUUCGUAUCGAGGUUAAUUUGAAUCCCUGUCCGCUAACGCAGGCUGUAUGUUCUCAUGACAUAGUGCCAAACUGGCCUUUGAUUGUGGUUUGCUUUUGUUCAUCUGGUUUAUUUUAUUAUUCUGUUGCUGUUUAAGUGUUUUAAUGUGGAAAGAUUUUUGCUGACAAUAUAGAUAUAGAGAAAUGAUAUUAUAUAUAGUUCUAUAUAAAUGUGUACAAAGCAGAAAGAAUAUAAAAAAAGGGGGUUUUCUUGAUGGGGAUCUAUGCAUGAAUUAUUUUUCAAGAAUGGCAACACGGGGAAAAGGACGAAGACUCUGUCAAUGCACGUUUUCCCAAUUCUAAGCGAAACUCAUUGGUCCAUAUGAAAUUCUUCUCAGCUCAUAUAAUUGUCCAAUAAAUUCCUAAAAUUAAUGUCAACACUGGCUCUUUCUGAAUUUAUCAGAAAAUCAACGUUGCUGCAAAUUGCAAACAAUACCAGAGUUUAGGUGAAAAACUCCUUUACACUAAUUUUAUUACCUUGGUUAGGACAUCACUAGAUGGUAAAUUUCCCAUUAAGUCAACCUGAGGACAAACUUUUCCUCAGUUAUUUGGGUUGUUUGUAUGUAAACAAUAUUAACCAAGAUCUUAAAUCAUUGGUCCUAUUGUACAUUGUGUUGAAUGGGUGCCUAUAAUGUGUCACUUACGUCAAUGACAUCGGAACCACUUUACAUUUGCAUGUUGGCCCUCAAUAGCCAGCUGAAGGCAGCAUAAAAGGCAAUCUAACCCGUCUCACUCUAAUUUCUUUAAGAUAUCUGCCCAAAGUAUGAUUGACGCCCUUAAAUAGCGGUGAUCACCCAUAUUUUGCCAUCAUUAUAAAUUCCAAACACUUGCAUCGGUCAUCUGCACGAGUAUUAGCACACUGAGGGUACCAGGGGGGCGUUAACAGCCCGCCGGGCAUAGCUGCAAAAACGACGGGGUUUUCUCGACAGGGUAAAGGUAACACAGUAGAUGUCUGUUGUUUCUGAUUGUUCUCCUUCUGUUAGUUUAGGACUAUAUCAUUUUACAGCUCAGCUUUUCAAGAUGAAGAUGUCAAACAUGUAUCAUGGGUCGGUCAGCAGAACAGGAACGAACGGUAGCGUACGUGCAGUAUGGGUGACGCGAGUCACUGGUUCUGUCUUCGAACGUGCUCUAGCCUGUUUUUGAUUUCUUUCAUUUUAUUACUGCCUCCUGACAAGAGAGAUUUUAUAAACCCACUGAAGGGGAAUCGUGCACAAUGCGAAUCAUGUGAGUGGACUAGAGCUGCAGACCUGGACCCUUUUACAAGGCGGGCGGACACGCCGUGCGCAAGAAGAGGACGAAGAGAAAGUAUCACGGCCUUAAUGUUGAAAUUAGAAUCAGGACAGAGAGCCAAACCCUAUCAAAAGAGGACAAAAACAUCCAAAGACUUUGGCUGUCUUUCUGUCUGCAUUGUUAGUCAGAGGGACGACUCGCUCAUCUGUCAAUAUAUGAACCAUUUUGUACUCACACCUGUGGACAAAGUAGGAGGAAACAGGUUGUGAAGUCAAUCUGAACACAGCAGCUAAGGGAAGGAAGACCAGCCUGGAUGUGCUGGUCUGUUUUAUAUGUUACCACUAGAGGGCGCCAUCAUGGCAGAUUUAAGGGGAAUGGAACCUACGACAACAACGCAGUCCAUGUGGGAGCUUACAUGGAGAGAAACACAACAUCUGGAUCAGGAUCAAAUCUGUAAAUUUUUAAGUGUAAGAAACAGAUGAAAUAUUUGUAAAUAUUAAGUUUCCUGUUUUUUUUUUCUUUCUUUGUCUGUUUCGGUUUGUUUUUGGGUGGAUGAAUGAUAUGCUUGUUUAGUGACAACAAAGGACAACAGGUGCAGUUUGCCAAACGAAAACAAAAUACAUACAAUAAAAUGCAUAUUCUAUCAUAAUCAACUAGACCAGAACCGGCUUUUUAAACCUUCGGCCUGCCAUCAUCAUGUAGAUAUCCUGUAGCGUCACGAUUCCUGGAUACAGUCGGGUAUCAGGAAAGAUUGUAGCAGAAUUUCACUGAAGGCCUCAGACGACCGAGACGCAAAGAAAUAGCUAAUUUAAAGAUAAGAUUCAAAAUCUGUGAAUUCUUUGCAUGAUAUAUAUAUUUUUAUUUUUGCAUUUCGCAAGCUUUCAUGGUUAAAUGUUUCUUUCAUACCCACUUAAACCUUGUGACCUGCGCUGAUGAGUAUGAAGUUAGACAGCACCAAUAAAUUUGAUUCAAACUCAAAAAGAAAAAAAAAACAAAUUCAAUCAAUGAAAUCUAAAAUAACCAGUCAUGUAGGAGUGCUUCAUGUAGCUGCUUAUUUAUGAGUGGGACAAAACGUUAGGGCUCUGACACCAUAUGAUGCCUCAUGAGAUCACAGAGGUGGUCCAGCUUUGUUGAACUAGUCACUGUGUUGGUUUGAGGUUAUGAAGGUUUCUCCUGCAGUGAUGCGAUGCAGUAGAAAGUCUGAUGAGAGAAUGGAAAACUGUUUCUGAGUGGGCCUCACAUCAGUUUAGAUGACCAUCAGAUCACCCAACACCCAACAAACAUACUAGAGAUGCGAACUGGGUCUCUAUGAAAAAAAGAAAUCUGCACCUGUUGUCUUGCUAUUUUAUAUUCUAUGUUGAAUUCAGAAACCCAAGUCUUGAGAUGAGCAAAUCUCUUAAAUAAUGGAAAAUUAAAGAAAAAAAAUACUAAAAAAGGAAAUUAAGAUCAUAUAAAUAAAUGAGGUGACAAUAUUUCUGUUACUUUAGAAGUUAUUAUACACUGUAUGCUGUGAUUCUGAUCUGGGAAACAUUAAAGACAUUCAUAGUCAAA